GUAUGAGAGGACAAAAAGAUCAAUAGUGCACUCGUUUCCUCUCCACCAUGGAAGGCUGCUAACUUCUCUAGGAAGGGGUAGCCUCGAGCAAAGACCAAGGAUUGAUUGACCAUAUAGCCCACAUAUUUACAUGUUAUUUGCAGUGUGGGGAAGUGCACAAAUAAUUAUGUCGAAACCGGUUUGGUACGCCACUCAUGUACGAGUAGACCGGACGACGUAUGCUCGGCGAGUGAGUAAGCAACGUUUAGCUUAAGAAUUACGAUAAUAUAAAAGCUCCUUAUUGCGUACAUGUGAGGACAGUUUAAGGGAGCUGCACUCUGCUUUCUGGAACUGUGUCUCUGCUCUUACUGAGUGUUACUGAGAUAAGGAACAAUAGAGGUUUUGAGAGAGGAAGGCAAAGAUGAUGGCCGGUGAGAUGCGAGCAGCCAUACAGAAGGUGCCAAUGGGGUACCGUUUCCACCCGACAGAUGACGAGGCGCUCAGCUACUACUUGAGGAGAAAGAACCUGGGGCUCCAAGAAGCCGAAUGCGUCGUUCCCGAGGUUGAUAUUUGCAGGUGGGAGCCUCAGGAAUUGCCAGGAAAGUUUAGGGAAUCAUCAAUCGUUGAGCCGAAAGACCCCGAGUGGUGGUUCUUCUGUGAGCAGGAGCCCGGUCGAGCUCCUCGGAGGUCUACCAGUGGAGGGUUCUGGAAGAAAACUGGUGAUACCAAGAAUCUCAAGAGUCGGAAUACCAAACAGGUGAUUGGGUCUAAGAAGAUUCUAACGUUCUUCCAAGGAAAUAGUUCAAACAGCACCAAGACUGACUGGGUCAUGCACGAAUAUCACCUGCUGAGCAAUGCUCUCGAUGGCUUCCUCCUGGGCAAUAGGAAGAACUAUGUUUUGUGUAUGAUAAAGCGCAAGUCAGACGAGAAGGCCAAUUCAACUCCAUCCGUCCAUCAAUAUGAAUAUGAACGACAUGAGCCUAUGACUAUCAACCGAGAUGAGUUCCUUGAGCUGGAACCUGACGAUGGUUUUAUACCAGAGGAUUUGAUUCUAGCGAGAAUGCAAUCGCUAGAACCCCUGUGCAGGACUCCGACAAAAUUGCCGCCUAUGAUGGCAGAGUUCCAACAGCAUUUCUCCAGUUCGGCCGAUUCCACUUCCACGCAGUUCUCGCUUGAAAGGGACUCUAUUGAGUUGGAUUUACCACUUUCUGCCAGUGAAGAUGGCGAUGUCACGGAUUUAUGGAAUGAGGUUCUCAUAGACCAGGAUGACCAAUUUGGUGAAUUUGAAAUGCAAACUGGUGUUUUCCAACCAGGAGUUAUGGACGACACUAUGUUUGAAACAUCGAUGCCUCAUGAACAGCAUGCAUCGAUGCCUCAUGAACAGCAAGCGGUUAUUAUGGAGAAUAAACAAACACAAAAGGUGGAGUCAAUCCAUGGUUAUGUUCCUAUAGACGAGAAGAAAGGCAUUGUUGAAGACGAUUUCCCCAAACCAACUGCUGCUUCUCUUCGACUAAAGAGUCCUGAAGUGAAGAGCAAGAAAGAAACUCUGAAGAUUACUCCAUAUAAGCCGGCAGAGGCUAAAGCACAGCAGCACGCUCCUACUAAGAUCAAAGGGGAAAUAUUAUCUGCCUGCUCGUCCUCGACUUCCAUCCACAAACCAAGAGAAGCGGCGAUACGAGUGGAAGGCCAAUGUCGUCUGCAGGAGAUCAACUCCACUGUAGCUCUCAACGAACGCGAGAAUGCUGCUCGAGAACUGAAACCGGUGUAUAUUGGGAAUCUGCUUGUAGGCAUUAUUUUGUUCAUGGCCAUGUUGUAUGAAAUCUUCAACCUUUGAGACAUUAAUGCUCUAUAUGCGGGAGUAUUAUCCUCCGACGCCAAAGAUGUCAGUGGGGGUCCUACGUUCUGUUAGGUUGUCUACUAUUUUGCCCGGGCAAGAUUUGUAAGCAUUCCUCCCGCAUGUAAUUGUUGUCUGCUGCCAUCCGAGGGACUUCAUAUGCUGGAAAGUAAAGCAUCUUACGUUAUUACUCCA